AUGAUCUUAAGAAAUUGUUCCAUUCGUUACCUAUCAAGUGAAUUCAAAUCUCUCCCCAAAUCGCCUGCCGGUACAGGUGUAGUAUUUCACGGAAAAUUACAACAAGUCAAAUAUGCCAUCAAAUUUUCAAGUUAUCUUUUUAUCAUUUUUUCUGGGUUUAUGGGAGCAAUAUCAGGAAAUUUCUUUUUUAAAAAAUAUAUUUUGAGAAAAAAUCCACCAAAUCCUCUGAGAGACCCAAAUGAUCAACCACCAGAAAGACAUCCACAUGCACCUGAAGAAGACUAA